GGAGCAACCAAAGAGCGCACAAGUACACACCUUUUCCUAUCCAGCACUGCCAUGACUGACGCCGACGGCACAGAGAAGCCGCCACCAUCAGCCGGAGACGAGAAUGAUCAGCAGAAGAGACUGCCGAAGGUUACUUUAAAUACGCCGCCAACACAGGAAGACAUACCCCAGUUGCUGUCAACGCUCAAGUUGUUUCGGCACCAGUUCUCGCCUCGGGAGCGACAUUGCCUCGGCAAGCACCCUGUGCUAGGGCCGUUGUAUGAGGGGGUUCAGGAGAAAUGCGGCCAGUUCAUUGACAAACCAAGAAGGUUCGCUGUGUGCAGCUCGAGGCAGUUGUGCCCGAAGGAGCAAUCACAGCUCCUCGCUUGCAUUCGCACCACUCGUGACGCUAGCAUGUGCCACGAGUUCCGAGACGAGGUGGAACGGUGCGGGAUGAAGAUGUCCCAGCGCCUGCUCCGAGCAGCGCUAUCGGACGAUUGGUUCUAGCUUGCGAGGGAAGGGGACGAGGAAAGAAGAUCGCACUCACCCCUUGUUUUCGCCAUUUGCCGCUGCGGUUAUAUAUAAGGACGCCACGCCGAGAAUACUUUCGGAAGGGACGUUGUAUUCCGUGUUUGGAAACAUUUGAGUAUGUACCACAUAUUGUAGUAGUAGUCGUAGAUACAUGGUGGACUCGAGCCUUGUUACAGCCCGAACAACGAUGGUGAUAGUGAUGUUGUUCUUGUUUGUUGUUCCCGUUCAAUUACUUAUGUUUGGAUGUCAGCUUUGUUUAUACCCUGUGUAUACCUUUCGGAACUGGGUCGGACGCACCGCUCGAGGCCGCACGGGCUGGGCUGGCCGUGAUGUAUAUAUAGUGCGGGCCAGCUCGGAAGAAGCACCUAUCUAUUCUAUUUCGCAAGGCUCAAAAGCCUUUAGUAUCGAGACUAGAUUGCGCACACGAGUUCAACUACUUCUAUCAUACCUGGUACUCGAUUUCUUAGAUUUAUUUGGUGUGGAGCUGGUGCCCGUUGUUUGUCGUGUU